AUGUCCAUCGGAAUCCAUGCCUCGAGUUAUGAGGCCUUCUGGGUGGAUCUCACGGGCUCCUUCACAUGCAACUGUCCCUUGACCUGCUCUCCUCCAUCGUCCUACCAAGGCUCUGUUUGGUCUCCGGUUCAAACCGACGUAGCUUCAGAAGUCACCGCCACAGGAACAGUAAGAUCGCGUGUUCCCAGCCCUCUGCGGAAUGCGACUGGGAUAACUUUCGGUGUCGACUGCCAACACGUCUGUUUUAAGGAUAAUUGCGAUGCCAAAUUUGCGAAUAAAGAGGAUUUCGAGCUUCAUUCGAGAGUUGGACAUUUACAUAUUUGCCUUUGGGGGGACAACGGCCCGUGCGACAGCGCCGGGUUUGCGACGAGGGAAGAGCUCAAUUGGCAUGUUAAACGCGAACACCUUCUAUUAUGCCCAGUUCUUGGCUGUGCUGAAGGCGCAUUUGCGAGCAAAGAUCUUCUCGAUUGCCACCUGAAAUGCGCCCAUGGCAGUACGGCAGCGGACAAGGACAAUUUUCCCCGACCGUCUAGUCUUCUUAAUCCCGCAGAUAUUCCUGCGGGUGCGUCAACGAAGAGUGCUCAAAAGCAAGUUUCUUCCAUGAAGUCUGCGGUGGAUGAAGACAAGGCGCUCAAAAUGGAAAUGUCUAUCGGGAUUUCGAAGAAACGUUGUCGAGAACAGCUAAGGGCCGUGCUCGAAAGGAGAAUGAAAAGAGCCAAUGGUAAUACACCAAAAACUACCGAUAGUCCCGGGGCUAUCACAUACCGUACACCCAAACCAUUGGAAUCAGCGAGCUUCCCAGUCAUCUGGGAGCAUGGUGUCCUUCCAUUUCUCGUCGAAUUUAUCCCGAAGUGGUGCGGGCCGGGCCACAUGAUCAGCGUGGCACGUUGGAGAAAACCAAAUUCUCGGCGAAUCUGUAUCAUGACCAAGCAACCUGUUUCUAGAGCCCGGAGGCUACUCAUUGCGGAACAUGUAAGAGAUUUGCUUCCGGAAACUUACCGCAACUUGGUUGUAUUUGCAUUCUCUACUGGAAAAGUAGAGCGACUUGUCUGGGCACGAGGCCUGGGCAAGGAAAUGCCCGACGAGAUUUGCCAACCACGUAAUCCAUUCUGCUACGUGAACCCGUGCAUGGGUGACAGUAUUGGAACAACAUCGGAAGAUGGCGACGAAGCUACGGCAACUCUAGGCCCUCUUAUAACGAUCGACGGUGGUAGUUAUUGGCUAGUUAGUUUCCAUCCGUUCGUGGAUCUAAGUAAAGGGGUACAUCCUGUGACUGUUGAGCAUCCGUCUCCAGCCGAUCGUAAGGAAUGUGUUAGCAAGGGACAUGACAUUCUCAGCAGCAUCAUUUCUGACUUCAAGAUUGGCGAUUUGACGGCAACUUCUGGCUUUGACCUAAAAACUACUCGGGUAUCUCAUGAUCCGUAUUGGGAAGAUUGUGAUAAGGAGCCUCCGUUGGUCGUCACAGACUGGGCAUUAAUUCCGGCAAGAAGUCGACAAGCUAAUUUGCUUAGGAAAUUUCCUGCAACAAAUCAAAGGCGGGAACACCCAAUUACGUCUAUGGGUUCAGUUGUCCCCGAAAGAACGGUGUGCUCAACGGGACGUACGUCAGGCUUCCAGCGGGGCCAGGUAUGCGAGAUACCUGCAUAUCUUGAUGGCUCAGAAAAUGGCACAGGGAGAGCAUCUCGCGAAUGGUACAUAGAGGAACCAUACCCUUACGAUAAUGAGAACGAGUGGAUACGCAGUGGCAUAGGCGUCGAAGGUGAUAGUGGUGCUGCCAUUGUUGAUUGUGAGAGCAAUGCUAUUAUCGGUCAACUUUGGGGGCGGAAUAAAUACUAUGGCCCUGGUCCACGCCAUACUUUUUUUACUCCGAUAUUUGACAUCUUUGAUGAUAUUCAGGAGCGGUGUGGCCAAGAGCAACGAGCUCGGCUCCCGCAAUUCCGUGACGAAGCAGAUUGUUGGCCCACAUACCCGAUAUGCAAGCAAUGUUUCGAUCUUGGCGAAUACCUUGAGAGUCGGCGCAGCUCAGGAGCAUCAUUAGUAUCAAUGAUAGGCGUGGGCGAGGCUGGGGCCGGAGAAUUUGACAACGAUCUUACAUCCGUAUCAGAAUUAGCAACUCCGAAGGAUCAGUCACAUCUAGUACGCCACAUAGGACCCGACGAGGUGACCACGUCAUUCGGAUCUCCGGCACCGAUUCACGCUUUCUAUAGUCUUUCACAAGCAAUGUCUCCUGGGAAUUCCGAGUUGCGAAGUCCUUACGCGCAGGCUCUAAAUGAUGAGGAUCUUUACGAAAGAUGUGCAGAUGCGAACGAAAACGCAUUUGGGAAACGUCCAGCCUUUCCAACGCCAAUGGCACGCAGCGGAAGCCAACAGAUGGCGAAAAGACGAAGGUUGGAGUAG